AUGCCACCACGCAAUGUGACAGCCAAUUCCCACAACCAUACAAGCAACAUCGGUAGUGGAAAGACCAACGGCAAGCCUGUAGCAAGAGGCUCUCAUGACCACCCACGUUUAAAGCGGGAGGAUGCCAAGGCAGAGGAGCCUGCGUCCCCAUCUGGCCCCGUUAUCAAGACGCAAAUUACCAACACUGCCAAGGCAUCCUCCGGCAAGAGCUUCCUUGAAGCACUGCGUAUUGGUGCCGGCAAACGUCCGAGCGAUGCUACUCCUGCUGCCGUAGAACAGCCAACAUCACCGCCACCACCACCAGCUGCAGUUGCGGCCAAGGUCGAACCAGAGGCAGAACCGGUGGCGGCAGUUGUGGAGGCACCCGAAGUAAUCUCGGAGCCUGGGACGCCUGCCGUAGAAAGUGGAGUUGCAGCGGCGGACGUUGUGCCCGUGGAGGAAGCUGCGCAGCAACUCGCCAGUGAAGAGCCCGUUGUAGAGCAGAGCUCAGUGGUGCCGACUCCACCGCCUCAGCAGCAGCAGCUACCGCAGCAGUCUGUGACGCUCCCCGAGGCUGACGCCCACUUUAGUUGGGCCAAUGACGACGAUUACAGCUUUGUGAAUCAGUUCACGCAGCCUCAGCAAGGGGAGCAGGUGCAGCCGGCCGCACCUGCCUACAUUAUUCAAUACCCCCAGGAAGUCAUUGACGCACAAGAGAAGGGGAUUCGGGUCACCUUCAAGGCUCCAGAGGAGCAGCAAACAAUGACAAGUGCUUUUGCCGUAUUGGAGAAGGAGCGUCGCGAAUUCAAAGAUGCUCGUCAGGACUUUGAGGAUUACUGCAAGCGGACGGAGGUUGAGCUGAACGACAAACGUGCGCAGUUGGCUACGCUUGAGCGUCAACUGCAGGAGCAGAAUGAGAACCUUCAGCAGGAGCGUGCAAAGCUCAUUGAACAACAACAACAGCUGCAGCAACAGCAGCAGCAGCAGCAGCAGCAGCAGCAAGCAACAACAACAACAGCAACAACAACAGCAGCAAUAUCAUCGUCACUCUCAGCAAUCGCCAGUCCGCAAUGCUCCUGUGGCUCCUCCUGUCCCCACACAACAAGUUCCACCGUCCGCCCCAGGUUACGCGUACUCUUCUGCCAUGCAAGAAAAUGUACAGUGGCCCCCCCCACCGCGCCCCGACAAUUGGGGGAUCAAUCAUGGCCCAGUUGCCCCACCAUACGAGCAUAA